UCCUAUCAACGAAGUGAAGAAGUAAAAUUGUGGCGAUUCAUCGCAUCUUAUUUCUUGUAACGUUAAUAACUUGCUUUCGUCAGUCAUAGCAGCAAUGGAAUUGACAGAACUGUACAUUUAUGUAGUGUUAAUGAUACUUAAUAUUCUUCCAAACGUUCGGCAAGCAGACGGGAAUAGCGACGAGUCUUUAGAACGCUACAAAAUCGAUGGAAAAGUGACCAUACAAGGCUUCAAACCAGCUGAUUGGAUUUCUCAAACCAGAAUUCUUGUAGAUGGUGGGAGUUACAUUGGCUUUCUCAAAACUGAUGGCAGUUUUACUGUAAAUGAUGUUCCAGCUGGUUCAUAUGUAGUAGAAGUUCUGUCACCAAACAACCUCUUUGAGCCUGUGAGAGUUGACAUCAGUGGCAGAGCAAAGGGUAAAAUCAGGGCAAGAAAAGUGAACUUUCUUCAGAAUUCAGCUGUUGUCACUGUCCCAUAUCCCCUAAAGUUCAAAGUAAAAGAACCAGCACCUUUCUUUGAGAAGAGAGAACAGUGGAAAGUCACUGAUAUGCUUUUUAAUCCCAUGGUACUGAUGAUGGUUCUACCACUCCUGUUGUUGUUAGUUUUACCAAAACUUAUUAACAGUCAGGAUCCAGAAACACAAAAGGAAAUGCAGUCUUCAAUGAACAUGUUUAACCAGUCAAAAGAUCUCCCUGACAUCUCAGACUGGUUUGCGAAGAACUUUUCAUCUGGAAGUAAGAAAAAGACAACCAGCAAAGUUGGGCAGAAGAAAGUUGGGGUAGGCAGUGUAAGAAGACGAUGAGUUCCUUUGUGAAUUGUGCAGUAAUGUUCCAUGAUAAAUGUUAAGGUUUGAUUCCAUACUGCCUGUAAGGAUCUUUCAAACUACAUGUAACAAUAUUCUCUUUUCAAUGUGGAAACAAUAUGAAACUAGAACUAGGGUCUGGUCCUGACACUGAUGUUGAAAUGACUUGUAUUUUUUAUUUCUUGGUUAUUUAGUAAACCUCAUGUGCUGUUAAUAUAAUCAAUUGACAUUGUUUGUUUUAUCCA